UCCAUCGAUAACCCCAACGGGUUAACGAGCCGCAGCAAACAAGCAAGCGGACAAACGCCCCCGACCCCCUCUCGCUCCUGCCGUCGCCCUCACCACCGUGAUCCGAUCAUACACGCGCGCGCGCGAGCCCUCCCCCGCCUCGACGUCGCCCGCGCCUCCCUUCCCUUCCCGCGAGCAGGCCGAGGAAAGGGGGGAGAGGCUAGGGCAGGAGGCGGCGACAUGUCCGGGGGAGAGGAAGGCGAAGGGCGCAAGGUGUCUCGCGAGGACAUACAGCUCGUCCAGAAUCUCAUCGAACGUUGUCUUCAGCUUUACAUGAACCAGAAAGAAGUGGUUGAAACUCUAUCUUUCCAGGCGAAAAUAGAACCCAGCUUUACUGAGCUCGUCUGGCAGAAACUUGAAGAAGAGAACCCUGAGUUUUUUAAGGCAUAUUAUGUGAGGUUGAUGCUUAAGAAUCAAAUAAAUGUGUUCAACAAGCUCCUUGCGCAUCAGUGUCGUCUUAUGAAUAAAGAUCCUUCUGGAGCGCUUUCAAUUACCCCUACUGCUCCUAAUGGCUCUGACUCGAGCACAUUGAACCAAAAUACAUGUUUUUUACAAGACACUACUAGCACUGCAAUUCCAGAUAGCUUCCUACACAAUGGAAAUUCUAGUGGUGUAAUAAAUGGCGCUCCUGCUACUGACCAGUUUAUCUAUGGUGGUAAAGUUGUCCAUGGUCUUCCUAGUGGUAUGGAUGCUUCAGUUAGUCUACUAUCAGCGCAUAAUUCGACUGGUGCACAGUUUAAUGGAGACAAUGGCACAACAAUAAAGGCAGAGUCUAGCUUUUCGAGCAAUCCAGAGUUUGCAUUCUGCAACGAGAACACUUACCUAGAGCCUUGCCAAUCAAUUGGGGAUGCCUCUGGUGGGUCCUUUAGUAGCUCUGAACUGAAUGGGCAACCACUUGGUGAUACAAUUCUUGACAUGGAUACGUCAUCAUAUGGUUUCUUGAGCCAGAUUCCUCGCAAUUUCAGUUUCUCAGAUUUAACAGAGGAUUUCAGUCAUAGUACAGAAAUAUUAGAAAAUUAUGGCAGAUCCCCUUUCAUCCCUUCUGAGACGAACAACUUCUCAGAGUCUACUGCUGGAGGACAUACAGUUUGAGUAGUGAUGCGCCAUCUGUACAGAGUCGUCCUUUGGGCAGGCAAACCUCUAUAAUCAUUUGCGGUGAACACAGCUAAUUUGCGGAAACUGUUCGUUGUUGGACUUGGGGUCCCGUGCUGUAGUAGAAGGAUGCAAGAAGUCUAUUCCGGUGUAUCCUUGCUGAUGGUAUUGUAGAAGCCUUCUGUAACUGUUUCAGUUACUUGAGAUAGCAUUAGGUUUGGUUGGAGCCCCUCCGUAUGGUGGUUGAGUUAUCAUCUGUGAGAAUCUUGUAUAAAGAGUGUUCUUAACUGAUGCUUAUGGUUAGUACUUGUCCAAUGUCAUGUUCCAGUUCCAUUCAAACCGAAGAUUAUUAGUCGCCUCUUUUUAAGGUUGGUAAUAUUAUUUUUAAGGUUUUGCUAUCUGAUUGACAAUCUGCUGUUAUGAUAAUUGCGAUUAAGAUUACAUUACUGGUCUUUAUUUCCCCUCUCA